UUAAUGGAGCGUUGUUUUUCUGAGAAAGAUUUGAAGUAUUUGGACGAUAAAAUGCCAGAAUUUCAUUUGCGCCGAACUGAGGAUAAACAAAAAAGGGAAUCACAUGGGGGACAGACAAUUGACAUUGAUUUGGAUGAGAAUCAAGGAACGAUUAGAGCAGUGAAGACUGAGGCUCAUUUACACAUACCUAUGACAUCUGGAAAUGUCAUCAAAAUCCCGUUGGCGGCAAUCCAAGAGCCAACACCUCCUUCCCACAAUAUUAACAUCAGCGAAGCAGUCUGCCAAACAGGAAUGUGGCGUUCUAUUGCUAGCGAAUCAAAAUCAUCCUUGCAAAAAAUUGGAAAAGAUGGAGAAGUGAGAGAUUCAAAGUCGCCAAAUCCAAAGAGAGAUCAGAGCUCUUCUGGUCCAAUUACUAAAUCUCCCUCUCCAAUGACUGCAACUGUCCAUUGUGAACGAAAAGAAACAGGCUCACCUCGACUUGCAACGCCUGAGGAAGACGAUGAUCAGGCAAUUACAAUCACUGUUGGGAAUGCUGCAGUAAAUGCAUCAAACAGUGAGCAGCAACCUUUACUCCAACAACGUGCAGGAAAGGGGAAAGACAAACAGCAACAUUUAAUGGGAUCUCCUGUUUAAAAUUAGCAUUUUCUAAACAUUUUAAUUUCUUUCUUCCUCAUUUUCCCUUUUCUUUCAAUUAUUCUCAUUUUUAACAAGCAAUAUUAAAAAUUCUGAAAUUUAUUAACAAAUUAAAAAGGUGAAGUUUAAUUGAAAAUACAAAUCAGAGUUUAGAUUUUAUAACGUAUUUUUCAGAGUUUUUUGUCUUUUCCGGAUAUGUUAUUUUCUUUUUAAUUCUAGAAAAUAUUUUAUUUUUUUAAUUUCGAAUUCAAUACUAAAAUAUUAUUUUCUGGAAUACCCUCUCUAAUUCCUUUUAAUUAAAUUUUAUUUUUGUAUUUUUUGGAUAUUUUUCUUUUUAAAUUUAAUUACGCAUUUUCACUCC